AUGUACUUGACGCAGCUGCUCUCGGCCCUUGCGCUCGGCGGCGUUGCCGCGGCCGGACGAUCUACCCGUCAUGUCGGUGGAUUCGCAGACAGGCUGCAAAACUCGGGACGAAACAUUGCAGCGGACCUGCCUCUGAUGCCGCGCGAUUUCCAAGCGUCCGCCAAGCGCGCUACUGCGGCAUCUCAGUUCCUCACCAAUACAACCUCAAAAUUCGUUGUAAACGGUACCGCCAUACCUGACGUCGACUUCGACGUCGGUGAGUCGUAUGCUGGCUUGAUCCCCCUGGACACUGGCGCCAAUAGCAGCGACAGCGAGCUGUAUUUCUGGUUCUUUCCCUCGGAGAACCCGGCAGCUAAUAAGGAAAUCCUCAUCUGGCUCAACGGAGGGCCUGGAUGUUCAUCCCUUGAAGGCUUCCUGCAAGAAAACGGCCCGUUUCUGUGGCAAUAUGGCACUUACAAGCCGGUUGCCAACCCUUACAGCUGGCACAAGCUCACGAACGUUGUCUGGGUAGAGCAGCCUGUCGGCACCGGCUUCUCUCAAGGCAUUCCUACGGCGACCUCGGAGGAGGAUGUCGCCAAGCAGUUCAUGAGUUGGUUCAAGAACUUCGUGGACGCGUUCGGCAUGCAGGGCUACAGCGUCUACAUCACGGGCGAGUCGUACGCUGGCCAAUACGUGCCUUACAUUGCCAGCGCCAUGCUGGAUGCCAACGACACGACCUACUACAACGUCUCAGGAAUCAUGAUCUACGAUCCCAGCAUCGCUUAUGACUACCUGCAGAGCGCGGUCACUGUCCUGCCUUUCGUCGAGUCUAACGCUGCCGUCUUCCCCUUCAACGACACCUUCUGGGCCGACAUUCGAGCCCGCGAUGCCGCCUGCGGCUACGCUGACUUCCGCGACAAAUUCCUGUCCUUCCCGCCGCCUAGCCUUCUUCCCGGGCCCGAUGAUCUCCCAAGUGUGAACAAUGAUUCAUGCCAGAAUCUGUACUGGGAUAUCUACGAUGCUGUGAUGGCCGUGAACCCUUGCUUCGACAUUUAUGCUGUCGCAACGACAUGUCCAUUGCUGUGGGAUGUUCUAGGAUUCCCCGGGUCUUUCGGAUAUCAGCCGGAGGGCGCUUCGAUCUACUUCAACCGCACGGAUGUGCAGGCGGCCAUCAACGCCCCGAAGAUUGAGUGGGAAGAAUGCGCUAGCGGGGACGUCUUCGUCGGUGGAGGUGACUCUUCGCUGCCUUCCUCGGUGACUGUCCUCCCUGGCGUCAUCGAGCGCACGCAGAACGUGAUCGUUGGCCACGGAGCUCUGGACAUGGUCCUGAUCGCAAACGGAACCCUGCUGUCCAUCCAGAACAUGACCUGGGGCGGAGCUCAAGGCUUCCAGACCGCCCCCAAGGACCCCUUCUACGUGCCGAACCACGACGAGCCAUCCUUGAGCACUAUCGCCGCAUCUGGCGUCAUGGGCACAACGCAUACGGAGCGCGGGCUGACCUACGUCGGCAUUGUCCUGUCGGGCCACAUGGUCCCCCAAUAUCAGCCGACAGCGGCGUACAGGCAACUCGAGGUCUUGCUGGGCCGCGUGAGCAGCUUGAGCUCCGUAGACCCAUUCACCACAGACGCCAACGUCACGCAGGUGACUGCUUCGGAAUUGGCGGCUGAGGGCGGUAACUUCCCUUAA